GAAAUGAAUGCGAGAGUUCGGAAGGUCAAGGCAUGGCUUAGAUAUGAGCUCCCAAAGAACUGUUAGCUGUUCGAGCGUAUCUCGAAAAACACCUGUGAGGUGUGCAAACAGAAAACAGAACCGCCAUUCACUAACUGUUUCGAUAAUAACGCGCAGCGUCGAUCCCGCAGAGAGCAUUCUCCCGUUGAUCUCAGACUGCUGGCAACCAACAACAUCCGAGGCUGGGCAUGUCUUUGGCCUGGAUCAUUCUGCUCGGUCUUCUGAUCUCUGAGAGAGGCACCUUCGUCUCCCUAGCCACCACAAGUCCGCCCUAUCGCCUUCGCAGCACUCACCUUCCGGCGAUCAAGUCACCGGGCGUAGAGCAUCGAACAACUCAGCGGGUGCUGCAGAUUACCAGACCUAGAAAGGUUGCCCUGAAGACCGAUAGGACUCAAAAUGUGGAAGAUUUUAAUGAAACCAUUUCGAAAUCGGAGUGGACGGAGUAUAACGUGUGGCAGGUGCUGAAAGCCGAUGGGAAAACCAACCUCUAUAUACUGUUCUUUACAAUAUACAUAAGCUACCUAGUGUAUGUGCUAUUCUAAGUUGAUUUUUUGUGUCAAGUAAAUUCUAGUUAAAAAGAAA